UUUGUGAAAUCUUGAUAAAUAACAGAAAUUGCGAAAUACUCAACAGCUGAUUCAUGCGCAUGACUGUAUGCAAUGUUUUAUUGCGUUUGCAAACUACGGUCACAUUGCUAGCUUACUUCAACGUGUUAGAAUGGGUGGAAAAACGAAACAAACGCCUCGCACCAAAAACAAUGCAAAGCCAUCGAGCAGCAGCCGCUCCGCCGAACUAUUGGGCACAACAACGCCCGUCUUUGUUGGCUUCUCGGCUCAAGCCGAUGGCAAUUUGGUGCCCUUUGCUCCGGGCUUUGCGAGCGCCGAGCAAAUGCCAGAGACAUUCGAUGUCAACAUCAGUCCACAGACGCAAAUUAUACUACGCAAGCUAACCAAAAAAGAUCCCAUGACCAAAAAGAAAGCUCUGCAAGAGCUUCACGAACUCAUCACCGAAUCUGACGUCGAUUCGCUCAAGAACAUUUUGCCACUGUGGCCAAAAUUCUAUCACAAUCUCGCCUCCGACAUUGAGCAUGCAGUGCGCGAGCAAACCCAGCUGGUGCUUCAAUUAUUAAUGUCCAAAUGCAAGCGUGCCAUGGCACCAUAUCUCAAGCAAUUGGUGCCCGUUUGGCUCGCCAGUCGUUUCGAUAAUUACGCGCCAGCUGCGAGCAUUGCGAGCAAUUCAUUUCGCGAGACUUUUGCACGAACCUGUGAGGUGUGUCUACAUUGCCAGGCCGAGAUCAUUGAGUAUACCACAAGGAAUCUAACAUUUCAUACGCCGGCGACACUGUCUAUGGGAAAGAAUUUGAAACCCGAGGAGUCGGAGGCGAAAUACCAUCGUGUUGUCAUCAGCAGCUUGAAGGAGCUUUCGUUCUUUAUUGAACAAACAGCACAGGCCGAGGAUUUGGAGCAAUUGAAGCAAGGUUUAGCUACACUGUUGGCCCAUCCAAAGUUCUGGACGUUUGCCAAGAGCAAACAGACCGCAAUCAAAGCCGCCUGGUUUGAGUGCAUCUAUCACAUACUGCAGAGUGCCAAGUUGGAGCCAGUUGUGACUCCACAGAAGGCGCAACUGAUUACUACUAGCUUUCAAUUCAUUGACGAUGCCGAUCCACUGGUUGCUCCUCAUGUCUGGGGUUGUGUGUUGUUGCUGCAAAGCAACUACGAAGAUUGGUAUGCUCCGCUCAACAUCCGGAAAGCUCUGUUGCCAAAACUCUCCACAUUGCUUAGCAACGCUUUCAAUCGCAAUGCUCAGGCCAUUUGUCCCAAUCUGCUGCCGUUUCUAUCCAAAAUUACGUCAGACAGCUUGCAGGGAUUGGACAUCUAUGAAUUCUAUCAACGUUUCUUUGAUAAUUUGAAAACUGCCAUUGUGGGACCACACGAUCCACCACUGUCCAAAGCAGACACCUCGAUCAUACACAGUGCAUACUUUGAGUGCUUGCGCUUCAUGCUCCAGCAGAUCAACAACGAUGCGGAGCGCACUGAAGCCAUGCAACAGUUUGCUUUUGGUCUGCUUGAACAGCAGCUGUUGCAGCCUGUUGGACAGUUACUGCUCAGCGAGAAUACGCAUGCCAAGUAUUUCUUUCAGCACACCUCAGCGUUGGUUGCCUUUUGGGAUCGUCAGUGCAAUAGCGAGUCGAAGAGCUCUUGCGCCUUGUAUGUCAAAUUAUUGAAUGUGUUUUGGACGCGCAUCUUUGAGAUGGUCACACAAGAUCUCGCUGCCGAGGAUAUCAACGAACAGUGGCUGUCACAUGUGCUGCUGUUGGUGCAGGAUCUGCAUGUGGCGAAUCCCAGCUUGGAAACGCAAUCCGUCAAGUUUUUGGAAACCGACAACGAAAAAGCUGAGGCCACAGAACAAUGCUCACAGCACUCAACGCCCACAAAGAAAGGAGACUGCUAUGCCGCCUUCAUUCAAAAAGAGCUCAAACAGUUGGUUGUUAAAUUGGUGCGCAUUUGCCUGGAUAAGGCUAUCAGCAGCACCAACUCGGGUCGCUACAUUCACCAGGUGCGCACGCUAACUAAAAUGUUCACAGACAUCGAGUUCUACAAGAGUUUGACGGAACAAGGCGAACUGAGUGCCACACUGGACAAAUUUGUGGCGUUGCUAGGACAACUGAAUGUUGAUGCCUGUGAAUCUGUGGUGGAGAUUGUCUUCGAGAUACUCGCACUGCUGGAGUCGUCGCAGCGCUUUGAUUAUAUUGCUCAAAAGCUCUUAAAGCUUCAGCAGCAUACUGUGCAGAACAUGCUGCUGCAUCGCCUGCUGUCAUAUCCACUGUGCACAGAGCCAGCUGUGCGUCAAAUGCUCGCCAGCCCAGAGACAUGUGGCAUCAUUUCACGCAUAGCCGAGGAGGUUGUGGUGGACAAUAAUCGGGAUAAGCUCAAUCUGCUACACAAGUGCUUCUUUCAAACCGACACUGGUGAUAUUCUAAUAAAUGCGGGGACUGUGGACAAAAUUGUGCUGGCAAUGUGUGCACCUCUGGAGCAACCGCCGUCCAGUGAUAUGGUUGAGGUCUGUGGUAGUUUUAUUGCCCAGAUUAUGCCUGUAAUUUGCAGUCAGGCGAACUCUUCAUUGCCUGUGCGACAGCAAGUUUUUUUGAGGUUGUUCAAGUUCAGCUUGGAGCAGCGUGUCGGUGAUUAUCUAUCGGAAGAUACACUUUGGGAGAUAACCACCUGCUGGCAGGAUGCACUCUCUAGCAAGGAUAUUGAAAUCGAUGAUUCUUUACUCAAGGACUGUGCUGGAAUUGUAGAGGAACUGACACACAAUGCUGAAUUAAGCGCCAGCAGUCUGGAGAGCAUGGCAGAGGCUAUGGCCAUAUUUGUCAUCUGCUCCACCGAGAAUAUUGAGGAUGAAUCACAGCGUUCGGCGCGCAUAGAUGAGAGCAUUGCGGCAUUGCUAAGCUCUACUCUAAAGACAGCUGAAAGUGUACUGCAAUUUGAACAUCAUUGUGUAUAUUUGGAGGCGCUGCAGGAAUCAAUAAGCGCUGGUGUCGCCUUCGAUAAAGCAGAUUUAGAUGAGGCCAAGAUUUUGCCGCUUGUGCGCCGCGCUGCCCUCAAUUUUACUACAAUCUGCAAGCUGGUUUGUCGCGUGGAUAAUCCUCAAUUGGCUAAUCAGUCUAAUGAAGCCGAGGACGAACUCACGGAAGACUAUUGUGAUCCAAAUGCCAAUUUGCUCAAGCAAUGGAGUGAGUCAUUGAUCCUCGAGAUUUUGCAGUGCAUUAACGUUGCCAGCGCUGCAGACACUUGGAUUGAAGUCCGCUCGCACUUGGAUGAUGCCAGUGAGGAACUUGUGCUGUGUCUCUCCGAACAAGUUCGCAGCUUCAUGGGUAACAGCAGCGAAUUGGUGAACAUAAUCAAGGAACGUCUGAUACAAGCUGCUCUGCAACAGGAUAGCGUGAUGAGUUGUCGCCAGUUGGGUUAUUUGAUUCAUUAUUCGCAAUACGUGCCAUUCGAGGAAAGCGCUACAAUUCUGCUGCACGAGGAUCUUGCUGAACUGCUUGUGUCCAAGGGUGCACUUAAGGCUUAUGUGAUGACGUUGCAGCAUUUGCUGCCAAAACUCUCGCAAAAAGCUUUGAACCUUAAUGGCGCUAUUAUGCGUACGGAACCUGAUGAUAUGUGGGUCAAGGCCGCGGUAUUCCGUUGCCUCGUACUCAAUAACUUUCAAUCUGAUGUGAAUGAGCAAACAGAUCGCAAUAUUAUUGCCUCGGCGUUGCAGUUCUUGACCCGCGUCAAUGAACAGCAGAAUACACAGAAGGAUCUGCUGCAUUACAAUGUCGAGCUACUGAAGCAACCUUACGACUCUGUGUUGAGCACAGUAGAGAUAAUUAAACUCCUGAAUGAAGUGUUGCAGCGUUUCCCCUAUGAGCUUACCAUUAAAAACUGGGAUGCAAUACGCAUUGGACUCAGCUCCUGGGUGCUGAGUGUGUCCAAAUCCAUAAAACAUUACAGCGAUCCAAAGACAUCCUUCUUUAUUGUGGCUGUGUACCAAUUGUUCGCUUCGCUUGUAAAUUUCAUACGCGCGGAGAAGCAAAAGAGCUCAACGGAAAUGCUGAAGAGUGUGGUGGACGAGUGGGAGAGUGUGUUUGCGAGGGAAGUCAAUGUGGUGCUAUUUAAAUCAUAUUACGAACUGACUUAUGACGCAAAUGUGCCAUCAGAAAAUCGUGUGUGCUACGAGCUUCUGCUGGAACGUCUGAUGCCCUCAAUUGAAAUGCUGGAUUACAGUUUCGUCUAUGGGUUCUGUAAGGCGCCGAGCUCAAAAUUGUCUCUGGAUCACCUGUGCAAUUUGCUACUCAAGCAACUACAUAUCACACAAUACAGUUUGCGAAUGAAUGCGGUGCACGCGCUGCGGCAGUUGACCCCACACUUUGUGGCCGACGACAUUAUGGUGAAUGACAAGCAGAAUGACAAUCUGGAAGCUGCCUGCUCAACGAUCUCCAAGUGGCAUUUCCUCAAUCGCUUUGAGGAUUAUCUAACACGCUACGACACACUUAUGCACAAGUAUCUCGAGGAAUUCAGUUUUAAGCUGGCCGAGUUGGAGGAUCUGGAACCAAUUGACAGACACGAUGCCUUCAGCUAUUUGCUGAUAUGGGAUUGCAUUAUCAAUGUGUGUGCCAAGUCGCCAGUCGCAUUGCGAUCGGUUUACACAAGUUGGCUGCAUGAGAAUCACUAUGAAGAGAAUUUUCUACACUUUCUCUUCCGAGCCAUGCCAGUUGAUAUAUUGAAGAAUCACAGCGCCAAAUGGCACAGUAAUGAUGUAUAUAAGGAGCUCAGCUGGUCUCAAUUAAAAGAUCCCCAACUGUCAGUGGAACGUUAUGCCUGUCAUCUCUACUCGCAAGUGCUGCGCAAGUUGCCGGCCGUGGUGCGGAAAUGGUGGAACACCAGCCAAUCGAGACAGAAGAAUUUUGUUGAUAAUCUUACCACGAACUAUGUGAGCGCACUCAUUUGCACCGAGGAGCUGAAGGCAAUCGCCAAUCGUAAGGAGAAGCAUGAGAAUAUGCAGGUGACAGUGCAUACUUCAACGCGAGAAGUUCUGGCUGUCUAUGCCUUGGAUGAGGCGCGGAUGGAGCUGGUCAUCACUUUGGCUGCCAAUUAUCCAUUGGGCGCAAUUAAAGUUGAGUGUGGUAACCAGAUUGGCGGACGUGCAAAUGCUCGCAAUGUGGGCAUGCAGCUGACCAUUUAUCUAACACAUCAGAAUGGCACCAUCUACGAUGGCCUCACGCUGUGGAAGAAUAAUCUGGACAAGAAAUUCGAGGGAGUUGAGGAGUGUUAUGUCUGCUAUACUGUCAUACACCAGGACACUUGUCAGCUGCCCAAAUUGACCUGCAAGACAUGUAAAAAGAAAUUCCAUGGUCCAUGCUUGUACAAAUGGUUCACGACGAGCAGCAAAUCGACCUGUCCCAUUUGCCGCAAUGUUUUCUAAGCGACAAAAUGACUUAAUUUAUGCAAUUUGGCGACACGUAUUAAUCUUUGGCACAACGGAAACCAUGCCGAUAGUCAAUAAUUUUAUUUUUGGUCCUUUCCUGUAAAUCGAAACACAAAUUAUAACAAUAAAUUCGCAUUAGGUUUA